AUGUGCGAGAAGAGCUGCAGCUGCUCCAAAACAUGCCCGCGAAAGUUCCAAGGCUGCUCUUGUUCCUCAGAGAAGGCCGGUCGGAGCCACAAGCUCGUUUGCUUUGAUGAUGACCGUUGCGCGUGCUUUCAACGAGGACGAGAGUGCGACCCCGACCUAUGUGGAGCGUGUGGAGUGUGCUCCGUCCUCGAUCCUGUUCACAAAUAUCGCGAGCUACGAGGACAGUGCCGAAACGCAAGCAUCCAGCGUGGAGUUGCAAAGCAUACCAUGAUUGGCGACAGUGGCAUCCACGGGCUAGGGCUGUACACUUGCGAGGACAUCCGCCCGCACGAGUUCUUGGGUGAGUACAAGGGCGAGAUCAUCAACAAGGCCGAAGCUGAACGGCGAGGCGCGGUUUAUGAGCACCAGAAACUCAGUUACCUCUUCAGUCUCAACGACACCCAGGAGAUCGACAGCACAUAUUUUGGCAACAAGAUUCGUUUCAUCAACCAUGCGGACAAGUCGAAAUGCAAUAUAUACCCUCGGAUUAUCAUGGUCAACACCGUCUUUCGAAUCGCGCUCUACGGACAGCGAAAAGUGAAGCCGGGAGAGGAGCUUUUCUUCGACUAC